CGGACGUGCAGGGGGCAGUACAGUCGGGCCUCUGUCCGUGGUGCUGAAAAGCAGAUCGGGCUCUGUCUGGAGUGUUGGUAGGCUAAGGGGUCCUGGACUUCGUCCGUGGACGCCGUCAGAAAAGGCAGUUUGGGGUGGUGUCCCGUUGCUUUGCUGCCGCCGCUGCUGCUGCCGCUGCUGCUGUUGUUGUUGUUGUUUAGGACAACGUUACUGAGGCCGACAGUCCGCCUGCCUUGAUAUGUCAAGGCGGAGGGGGAGGGGAGGACUGUAGGGUGAGUAAGAUGAGUCAAGAAACAGAGACAAGAACACGAGCUCGCUCUAAAGCCAUUCGAGCAGAACAAGUUGGACAAGCAAUGAAGCUGGAAAUAAGCAGCUGUCCCACACCUGGAUGUGAUGGCAAAGGUCACGUCAGUGGAAGAUAUUCCAGACAUAGAAGUGCACUGGGCUGCCCAAUUGUAAAGAAAAGGAAACUGCAGGAGGCUGAGGCUGAAGAAAACCCACUGUCUCCCAAGAAGAGGACGCAACCCACUAAACCGGCGGAUGAAGACAGUGACAUGGCAGAAGAGGAGGAAGAGAAAGAGGAUGGGGAGGAAAGAGAUGUCCCCAAUGACAAAAAGAAAAAACAAGCAAAAAGUGAGCUAGAGAAGGCGGAAAGCUCCCCUGUGACCGCGGACGGCCCUGAAAUCCCUUGCUCUCCAUGUGGCGAUGACAAGAGCAGGAGCGUCACCUCAGAGACCGAGAACAACGUAGAGGCAGAAAACUUUAGCGAGGAGUUAACCUGUGUAAUAGUCACAGAGGAAGAGGACGUUCAGACAGACUCCACGUACCUGCCGCCAGAGCUCACGGCAGAAGAAACCGUCGACCCGCACCAUGAAGAGACAAACGGGGAGGAAGAAGACGAAGCAGAAAAAGCAAACCUAGAGCAGGAGCCACAGGAAAGGCAGGAGAGUGUUGGAGAAGAGAGGGAGAUAAGAAGACAGAUGAUGAGGCAAGAAAAUUCUGACCACCAGUACUCAAGUGGAGAUUACAACAAUCAGGCCAAAGAUCCAAAACUGUUACCGAAUAUAGGAAAUGAGCAGGAGGAGGAGGAGGAUGAUGAGGAGGAGGAGGACGAGGAGGAGGACGAAGAGGAUGAUGGAGCAGUGAGAGAGGCUGAGACGGUUUUCUGUCAGGGAUCUGAAGCCACUGUGUCACUCAGGGAAGAAAAGGUGAACACCCUCAGGACAGAGGAAGAGGAAGAGAAGGAACAAGAACCAGCAGAGAAGGAGACACGAAGUCACAACGCUGGUCAGAUAAUCCAUGAAGACGAAGAAGAAGACGAAGAAGAAGACGAGGAGGAAGAAGAAGAAGAAGACGAGGAGGACGAAAGCUCAGGCAAAGCCUCUCCGAGCACAGUGAUCAUUGAAGUCCGCUCAGAGGAGGAGGAGCAUGAGGAGGAAGAGGAGGAGGAGGAAGAGGAGGAGGAGGAGGAAGAUGACGAGGAGGAAGAUGACGAGGAAUUGGAGGAGGAAGAUAGAGGAGAAGAGUUGGAUCAUAUUUCGGACGGCUCAGGCGUCACAGAUGACUCUGAAACCUGGGACAUGACUCGAGGGAACCUGGGGCUGCUGGAGCAGGCCAUUGCUCUGAAGGCAGAGGAGGUCCAGGGAGGUCAGGAGAGCAGCAGGUCUCCUGACUACCAGCCAUGCAACGCCUCCAUCAAGAACUCUGAGGGUGCUGGUGCAGUCCGCCGCUCCACUCACUGCAGCAAAGAAAAGAAGGAAGUAAAGUGUCCAACUCCAGGCUGUGAUGGGACAGGUCACAUCACUGGGUUGUACCCUCAUCACCGCAGUCUAUCCGGAUGUCCUCACAAGGACAGAAUACCUCCAGAGAUUUUGGCCAUGCAUGAAAAUGUCUUGAAGUGUCCCACUCCUGGCUGCACCGGCCAAGGUCAUGUGAACAGUAACCGCAACACACACCGCAGCCUGUCCGGCUGCCCCAUAGCAGCAGCGGCUAAGCUGAACAAGAACCAGGACAAACAGGUUCAUCUACAAGCUGCAGCCAGUGAACCAACUUCCAACUCUGACAGAGUGCUAAGACCGAUGUGUUUUGUGAAACAACUGGAGAUCCCUCAGUAUGGCAGCUACCGGCCCAACACAGUGACAACCACGCCACGAGCUAACCUUGCCAAAGAGCUGGAGAAAUACUCCAAGGUUUCUUUUGACUAUGCAAGCUUUGAUGUCCAGGUGUUUGGAAAGCGUAUGAUCAUUCCAAAGACGCCUGGCACCCCCGACACAUCCCCCAAAGCUUUCAAACCUAAACCAUUCCCCAAGCCGUCCUCCCCAAGUCACAGUACGGCUGAAAGUUUCCCCAAGAACACUCCAUCCUCCAGUGGUUAUGACUAUAGCCAGGAUGCAGAGGCAGCCCACAUGGCAGCAACAGCAAUCCUUAACUUGUCCACUCGUUGCUGGGAGAGACCAGAAACCUGCAGCACCAAACCCCAGGAGCCUUGCACCAAGGAGGUGGCAAUAGAGGUGGAUGAGAAUGGCACUUUAGACCUGAGCAUGAAAAAGACCAAGAGAGAGGACAUAAAGUCUCCAGAGCCUUCGUGUUCUUUGGCUUCCUCCUCUCAACUUGUGGGUGUCACAUCAUCUCAGGACUGCCCCCAGUCAGAUUGGGAUGGUCCGCUAGAUUUCACCAAACCCAGUGAAGGCAAGGAGGAAGACCAAGAAGAGAUGGAAUACACGGCUCCUUCAUAUACAUCGUCUGAAGAUGAGGAAGAGAACCAAGAAAACACGGAAGACCGAAAGUACCCUGGUGAAGUCACUACCAGCAGCUUUAAGGUCAAGUUUCAGCCCAAAGACAGCAAAAAAGAAGUUAUUGUAUGUCCAACACCAGGCUGUGAUGGCAGUGGGCACAUUACUGGCAAUUAUGCAUCACAUCGAAGUCUGUCAGGCUGUCCUCUUGCUGAUAAAUCACUUCGGACCCUCAUGGCUGCCCACACAGCUGAACUGAAGUGUCCGACUCCAGGCUGUGAUGGAUCGGGUCACAUCACUGGAAACUAUGCUUCACACAGAAGUUUGUCUGGAUGCCCGCGGGCCAAGAAGGGAGGAGUCAAAUCAGCACCUUCCAAGGAUGACAAGGACGAGUCUGAGCUGCUGAGGUGUCCAGUUCCGGGAUGCGACAGUCUCGGACACAUCAGUGGGAAGUAUGCUACCCACCGCAGUGCCUACGGUUGUCCACUUGCAGCAAAGCGGCAGAGGGAAGGUCUACUUAAUGGCACUCCUUUCUCCUGGAAGGCCUUUAAAACCGAAGGCCCAACCUGCCCAACACCAGGCUGUGAUGGUUCGGGUCAUGCUAAUGGCAGCUUCUUGACACAUCGCAGUCUGUCAGGUUGUCCGAGAGCUCCAGCCAACAAGAAGAAAGCCAAGCUUCCUGGAGAUGAAUAUAUAACGGCAAAGUUCAGAGCCAGUGAUGUUCUGGACAAUGAUGAAGAUAUCAAGCAGCUGAACAAGGACAUCAGUGAGCUGAACGAGUCCAACGCAGAGAUGGAGGCUGAUAUGAUGAGUUUGCACACUCAGAUUUCUUCAAUGGAGAAGAACCUAAAGAACAUGGAAGAGGAAAAUAAACAGAUAGAGGAGAGAAAUGAAGCGUUGUUCUUAGAGCUAUCUGGUUUGAGUCAGGUUUUAAUCCGCAGCCUCGCCAACAUCCGUCUGCCUACCAUGCAGGAGCCAGUAUCAGAGCAGAACUUCGAUAAUUAUGUGGAGACUCUGACGUACAUGUUUACCAAUAAAGACUGCUACCAAAACCCCGAUACCCGUGCUCUACUGGAGUCCAUCAGUCAAGCAGUUAAAGGCAUCGAGGUUUGAUGUAAGAUGGUGAUGAAAGAAGCAGCCACAUUUCUUCUAAGUCUGUUACAUAUUACAUGUGAUCAUUCUUCUUAUUCCGUUAUUUAUUACCUGUUAUCUCCAUUAGUUUUUUAGCAUGUUGUUGGAUGAUGUAUGAGCCAGAACUGAUGUCUGCAUGUCAAGUGUGGAGGCACACUGGCAUCCAAAGGUUACUUUAAGUCAGGAACACAAAGUGAAUAACCAGGAAACGAGUGCAGAACAAAUUAAAAAGAGCAGAAAACAGUCUGAGCUUAAGUGACUCUUAGUUAAUAACAUAUCCCAAUAAAUCUGAUAGUACUCCACAUUAGCAUAGUGUUGUUGCACCUCCGAUAGCUAGGUAGUAGCUUUAUUUUACUAUUGUUGUGUAACUAUUUGUGUCCUGUCUGUGCAAUUGUUAGUUGAAUAACUAACUCAUAUCUGCUGCAUUUUUUGCCUAUUUAUUAUUUAUCUGCUUUUUAAGUUAUUUCAAAACCCAAAUUAAAAAUAUUCAACACAAUAAUAGAGAUGAUGGGGUUAUUUCCUCCACUGCUGAACAAAAAGGAAAUAUUUUAAGAUAUCAGCUAAGAAUUAUUUUCUAUAUCUUGUUGUUUAUUUAUGUACUGGAAUCUUUUUAUGUGCAAAAAUUUUGUAACUAAAGGUUUUUAAAUAAUUUUGUAAAAAUGUUUGUUCUUCUGUUUAUAUCCUUUUGAUUUUUAUUUCCCCAAACUAUUUUGAAUACACUGCUAUACAGUAAAGGAGCCUGAGCUGUGCAUAUUUGGUAUUUAUUUGGUGAUAAAAACGAAGUGAUGGUGUAUAUUUAUUUUUUAUUGUCUAUGUGCUGAUGAUGGUUGUAAAUGGAUUGGUCUUUAUGUUUAUCUUGAAAUAAAAGUCAAGCUACCAUAAAUUCGCUGGACAUUUUA